AUGGGAAUAUCACGAGAUAGCUGGCAUAAACGUCGUGCAACCGGCGGAAAGAGGAAGCCGCUGCACAAGAAGAGGAAGUAUGAGUUGGGCCGACCCGCUUCGAACACCAAGAUUGGCCCAAAAAGGAUUCAUUUGGUACGUUGCCGUGGCGGAAAUAUCAAACGUCGUGCGCUACGUCUUGAUGUUGGCACAUUCUCGUGGGGUUCAGAAGGUUGUACACGUAAAACACGUAUUGUGGAUACGGUAUACAAUGCAUCCAACAAUGAGCUGGUUCGUACCAAAACAUUGGUGAAGAACUCAGUGAUCACAAUCGAUGCUGUUCCAUUCCGACAGUGGUACGAGGCACACUAUGCACUCCCGUUAGCUCGCAAAAAAGGCGCUAAGCUAACCGAUGAGGAGGAGGCUCGGAUCAACAAGAAACGCUCAAGAAAGACACAAGCAAAAUACACCAAACGGCAGAAGUAUGCCGAGGUUGAGCCUCAUCUCAUCGAGCAGUUCCAGAGCGGUCGCUUGCUCGCAUGUAUUAGUUCGCGACCAGGUCAAGUGGGACGUGCUGAUGGCUACAUACUGGAGGGCAAGGAGCUCGAGUUCUAUUUGCGCAAAAUUCGUGCGAAGAAAGCGAAGUAA